CACCGCUCGCGUAGCAGCGGGUCGCAAUAGUUCAACACUUCAUCCUACCGGGUCACUCGAUACUCUCCAUCACCACAACUAUGACGAUGUCUGGGCGAACGAGGAGCUGCCUGUCGGCGGUGAUCAUGCUGCUCGCGGCGGCAAUGCAGACGGAAGCGUUCGUGGCGGGCCCAGUGAUGUCAGGGAAGAGGACCACGGUAUCCAUGUCGAGCUUGAAUGAGGAGACUCAGCCGGCGCGGUCUUCACGGUGGGGGGCGUCCUCCUCUCGCCCAAUCGGCGACGGUUUCGAGCUCAGCGUCGCGGAGAAGUCGUUCACGGAAAUGCUUAGGGAGAAGAAAGCGAAGGGGUCUUUCUUCGCCCCUUCCUCAGAGGCAGCCGCCAACGCCGACGAGGUCGCCGCCGCCGCCGCCGCCGAGGCCACAGCAGCGGCCAACGCUGCCGCCGCCGCAGCCGAAGCCGCCCACCAAGCCAACCUGGAGAGGCAGAAGCUGGCGUUCGACGACGAGACCAAGCCCUUCGUGGCCCCAGGGAGCGUUUCCACCCCGAGCGUAUCCACCCCCAGCGUUUCCACCCCGGGAAGCGUUACCCCUCCCGGAGGUGUGUCUAGCCCGGCCGCUGUGUCUACCCCCAGGGUGACCGACCCUGCCAGUGUUGGCCGCCCCAGUGCUCCCGCGGCGCCACCCGCCGCCCCCGUCAGCAGCCCGGCUGCCCCUAAGGUAACCGACCCGGCCAGCAUUGGCCGCCCUGCCCCCCCGGCUCCCCCCGCUGCUGCUGCCGCCCCUGUCAGCAGCCCGGGUGCGCCCAGGGUGACCGACCCCGCCACUCUCGCCGCCAAGGCGGCAGCCCCCGUGGCUCCCCCCGCCGCCCCCGCCAGCAGCCCGGCUGCUGCUUCCCCCGCAGCCGGCGCCGGAAAGAAGUGGGAGCCCAGGCCCGACUGGAAGUCUUCCGCUCGCUCUGCCGCCCCGUCGAGACCGGCCGUUUCUUCUCCGUCGAGGCCGGCUGUUUCGAGCCCCGCCGCCGCGGCGGCUGUUUCGAGGCCCGCGUCUGGCGGCCCGGCUAAGGCUACGUUCAACCCCAAGGCGGACGCUCCCUGGAAGGCCUCGGGAGGCGGGGCCCCUGCCGCCCCCGCCUACGCGCCUCCCCCCGCGGCUGCCCCGGCGUACGCACCCCCGGCGGCAGCUGCCCCGGCGUACAGCCCCCCAGCGGCGGCGCCUAAGGCGCCCUGGGCCUGACCCCCCUUUUUGGUGUAUGCGCGUGGUCGGGCUGUUGGUCGAAAAACCACGAAAAUAAAGUUUUUCCGCUUUUUAGGUCGCUAGCGCCAAAUCUGGUUUUGACUUGAUAUUAGAAAGCGAGAGGAGAAUGCGGAAUGCUCGAUGCCACAAACGAACUGGCUCUUGCGCUUCAGUACACACCUGUGAACAGGACAUACCUAUGGAUUCAUCGGUCAGUUUUUCAAUCGGCGGAUUCUAACCCACCACUCUAAAAACAAGUGAUUUUCGGCCCUAUUCGCCUGCUGCCACGAACGUGAGCAACUUCAACGCAAAUCGCCACCGAUGAAAUCGUAGCUCUCCUUCUCAGCAAGACGACGCAACAAGCCACGCUAGAAUCCAUUGCGUCAUCGUCGCGCAAAACGAAUCCCCAGAUCGGGUACUCAUCGGGUACUCAUGGGUACGUCUGGGAAGAAAAAAUCGCCGGACUCAAGGAAAAAACGAAAGCAAAAGUUCUCGAGACAAAACGAGAUAUGUGUCGAAAAACAUGGUAUGACGAUGGAGGCCAGGGCGUCGCAAGCCAGGUUCGACGGGCUCGUGCAGAAGGCAGACGUCAAGGAGUUGACACGGACACCCGCGACCCCGCACCCGUGGACCACGAGGACCCCCGCAAAAAGACGAGCCUGAACGCAAAAUGUCGGCUGGAUGAUGAUGUGGCAGCAGAGUUGAGCCAGACAAGCAACAGCAUUGUACAAAGGCAACAAGAUACGAGGCGGUGUUUUCGCGCGUAGCGG